CUCAGUGAGGCUGAAGCUGUUCAGCAAGCAGUAGGUAAUGAGUCUUUGUGCAGAGUGAAGCUCUUGUCGCUGAACAAUAAAGCAUAUGGUACCAGCAAUAAAACACAGUGCUGGGAAAUUUAAGAAGAUUCUGUUGGAAGUAGGAAGACAGUGAAUAUGUCACAUGUUAUAAAAUGAUGAUCAAUCUAUUUUGGUUCCUAAUUAAUAAAAAGAGUGCAUGGAUUGGAAAAACAACAAUUUGAACAGGUACAUGUGACAGCGUUGCAGCUAUGAGUGGAAUUUUAAAGAGGAAAUUUGAAGAAGUUGACGGCUCCUCACCCUGCUCCUCUGUGCGGGAAUCUGAUGAUGACAUUUCUAGCAGUGAAAGUGCUGACAGUGGUGAUAGUGUCAAUCCAUCCACUUCAAAUCAUUUUACCCCUUCAUCGAUCCUGAAGAGGGAGAAGCGGAAAAGGACAAAGAAUGUUCAUUUUAACUGUGUUACUGUGUACUACUUCACAAGAAGGCAAGGCUUCACCAGUGUCCCGAGCCAAGGAGGAAGCACAUUGGGCAUGUCCACACGUCACAACAGUGUGCGCCAGUACUCCCUUGGAGAAUUUGCAGUGGAACAGGAGAGGCUCCAUCGAGAGAUGUUACGAGAUCAUCUAAGGGAAGAGAAGCUUAACUCUUUAAAACUGAAGAUGACAAAGAAUGGUACAGUGGAAUCGGAAGAGGCUGAUACUCUGACGCUGGAUGACAUUUCUGAUGAUGAUAUUGAUUUAGACAACACAGAAGUAGAUGAAUACUUCUUUCUACAACCCCUACCAACAAAAAAACGUAGGGCACUGCUACGAGCCUCUGGAGUGAAAAAGAUCGAUGUGGAAGAAAAACAUGAGUUGCGGGCUAUCCGCCUGUCCAGGGAGGAUUGUGGCUGUGACUGCCGAGUGUUCUGUGAUCCAGAAACUUGUACUUGCAGCCUUGCAGGCAUAAAAUGCCAGGUGGAUCGUAUGUCUUUUCCAUGUGGUUGCACUAAAGAAGGGUGCAGCAAUACAGCAGGUAGAAUUGAAUUUAACCCCAUCCGUGUACGGACUCACUUUUUGCACACAAUAAUGAAGCUUGAAUUGGAGAAAAAUAGAGAGCAGCAGGUUCCUGCACUAAAUGGUUGCCACAGUGAGGUAAGUGCUCACACUAGUUCUCUGAGUACAGCACCCCACCCGGUAGAAUAUUCACUUGCAGAGAAUUUUGAGAUUGAAACUGACUCUCAGGCUGCAAUGAUGCACCUGCAGUCUGCUGAAGAUUUGGAUUGUCCUGGGGAAGAGGAGGAGGAGGAAGAAGAUGGAAGUAGCUUUUGUAGUGGAGUUACAGAUUCUAGUACACAAAGUUUAGCACCUAGUGAAUCUGAUGAUGAUGACGAUGAUGAAGAGGAGGAGGAGGAGGAGGAGGAGGAGGAAGAGGAAGAAAAAGCAGAUGAUUUUGUGGAAGGCAUGGGAUCCCAUGCCGAUGUAGUGCCUCUUCCUUCUGUCCUUUGCUAUUCUGAUGGCACUGCAGUACGUGAAAGCCACUCUAAAAAUGCCUCAUACUACACUAACUCUUCAACUCUGUAUUACCAAAUAGAGAACCAUGCCCCUGGCAGUAAUAACCAGAUCACUGAGACCUAUUCAGAAAGGGACACUGUUAAAAAUGGUAGUCUUUCUCUGGUGCCUUAUAAUAUGACUUCAGAGCAGUUUGUUGACUACACACGGCAAUCAGAGGAAAGUUACAGCAGCUCUCAUUACCCUUCUGCAAACCCCUCUGUGAUAGUUUGCUGCUCCUCUUCAGAAAGUGAUAACAGUGUUCCAUGUAAUAGUUUAUACACUGAACACAGGCUAAGCCACUCUCAUGUGGAAUUUCACUCAUACUUGAAAAGUAACUCUCAAGAUGGAUUUGUUUCAGCUUUGAAUGGUGACAGUCACAUAUCAGAGCAAGCUGCAGAGAAUUCUAUAAGCCUUUCAGAAAAGAGCAGACUGCAUGAAGAGUGUAUCAAAUCAUCUGUAGUGGAAACAGUCCCUGUUUAAUUUAUUAAGAUAUUCUAGGACUGAAUCCAUUUAUUUAAAUGCACUCCACUUGGAUUUCCUAGAAUCAUAAUUUUUAAGCUGUGGACUAAGAAAACUUGGACUAUGGUUAAUAUUCCAGACACAUUUUUGUUUUUUUCUUUCAAGCUACAUGGCUGUGGCAUUGCACAGAAAACAGUUCAUGUAAAGAUUAAAAACAGAAAUCAAACGGUCUUUUGAUAGAAAAUGUAUAAAUUUAAAAAUAUAUACAUAUUUCACAGUAGCCUGCCUGUCAAACUAUGUGAAACCUGCCAAGCCAUCUGAAUCAAAUCUUCGUGUUUUUGAUCGUUGGGCCUGUGCAAGAUUGCUAAACGGAUACUUUGAAAUAAUCAUGUUUAGAAUCCUAAAUUUUCCACAUAUCUGAAAAAGAUAGUGACUUUCUACGUAAAAGUAAUUAAUGUAUGAAAAGGUGUAAGUGUUCUGUACUGUAUUUUAUUUAUGGUAGUUUGGUACUCAUGUUUUGAUAACAAUGAACAGCAUGUUCAUUUGAGUUGAAGAUCCAUAGCUAGUUCUGCAGAGCAUGCCCACGUAAAUUGCAUUCGGCGUACCAUAUACAUUUUUUUAUAACUACUCCUAGCAACUGAUCUUAAAAUACAUUUAGGUCUGUUUUUACUGUUUUUGACAGACAAAUCUAUGAGUCGGGGCAUUUAUAUUUUGUAUAAAAGUGAAAAGUAGGACAAUCCUCCAUUAAUGUCUGAAUCAAUGACAACCCACAGUUAACUUCCCCUGGAGAAAAUUGAUGUUGUGUAUAAGGACAAAGCAGUAGUUUAUAAACUUGCACAAAUCCUUUUAGCCCUACAAAUAUUCAGCUUACUAAUGCACUUUAGUGCCAUUUUGCAGUACUUUAUUAAUUGUGGGAACUGUGAACCAUUUUGGAGAUAUGCCAUAGCUCUAGAUUGUGAGAUCUAUAUAAUAGACAGGCAUCUUAAAAUUCAGUAUAAUAAAACUGUUACAAGUUUUCCCAAGCCAGUAUAUGAAUGCUUAAAUAAGUAAUUAGUAAGAGCAAAGAGUCAUUCUGUUAGGAGGUUAAAGGAAGCAUGGAAAACAAUUUUAAGUUUUUCUAGAUUUUUCUACCUAUUUAGCAGUCUUUACAAAUUAAGAGCCUGAUCCAAAGCCCAUUGAAGCCAUUCAGUGGGCUUUUGAUCAAACCCUAAAUGUACAAAGUCACUUAAUUACUCUGAUAAUAACAGUAUUCUGUACCAGAAUCCGUAUAUUCAACUAGGACAUGAGUGUCAGAAGUUUUAUACUUGUGAAAAUUUGUAGGCAAAUUCUAAUGCAUUACCUGCAUCAUUCAUUAUUACCUGGUUUUCAUUUUACUUUUAAAAGGGACAAUGAGAAUUACAACACAUUCUGCAUCCCAACCCUUAAAUUAUCUGGACUUGUUUUUUCUAGAGAAGAACUUCUUCUAGGAGUUCAUUUUCUACACAUUUAUUAGAUAUACAUAGCUUUAUAUUGCCUUAUUUUAAAAUGCAAUAGGACACUUCUUAACCUGUUUUGAUAUUUUUGUCCUUCUACUGAUAUUGAAGUAUCAUUAUAUAGGUGUUAGUUUGAAAUGAUUGUCUUUUUUGUCAAAUUACAGCAUCUGCUGCUUAAUUUUUAUCCCUGUCAAAUUUAGUUGUUUUAGGGGUAAAGAUGUAAGCAUAUUGUAGAUUUCAACUCUGUACCAAUUACUCUUCCGUUGAGUCACUUUUUAUAAAGUCAGCUACAAUAUUCCAGGUAGAAAAACUACCACGCUAAAAAGAUGUUCUCUGAAAAAGAAGAUGUGACUUAAUUGCUCUUUUAUGAAACCACUGCACACCAUUUUCAAGUCAGUUGUUUUACAUUAAAUGGCAAAAUAUUUUUAUAUUUUCCACAUAACAUGAGGGAGCUGUUUUGUUUAUUUGUUCCCACAUUGAUUCAUGAAUGCCUUCAUUGGGAUUUCUUUGAGAUAAAAGUUCUGGUUCAAUAAGAAUUGCAUACUUCAUUUGCAUAGCAUUCCUAUCUCCUGGGAAAGUGCAGCCCACUUUGACUUGCUGUCUAAAGUAGUCAUUCUAGCAAUUCAUCUGUCCCUUGUUUGCCGUAGAAACUUCUUUUCUUUCCCCAAAGGGUGUGCAGUCAGUUAAGACAGGUGUUCUCCGCUUUUACACAGCAAAUAGUAUUCUUUAUUUUUAAAGAUAAACAGAUUAGAAACAUUUGAUAAAAAGAAGUGUGCAGAUUACUGAUAAUAUUGUCUUGAUAACAGAGCUCUCUUAAUUUACAGAGCCCCUGCAACAAAUCACUGGGCACAAGUGUACACAUCACGGAAACCUGACACACACCACACCAGCACUAAAAGCACAAACCUCUAGCUAACGGGGUAGCUGUGAGUGAGUAGCAGGUUCUUAACUUCAGUGUGGAUUGGCCACUAGAGGGAGACAUAAUUAUGCACAUUUAACCAAUGUAUUAAGUUCAGGUGAAAAUAGGAUUUUUACUUCAUUAUUUGCCCUGCUAUGGAGCAAUAAGAAAUUAUUUUCUUAGUCUCUAACUUUCCACAUGAAGAACAUCUUCAGUGACAUUAAAAAUAAAAACAUUCAGAAAAAUAAGUAAUUAUGUAAAACACAUCUCAACUAGCUUUAAAAUAAUGAGAUGGUUAUUAUUAUUAUUGUUUAACAUUUAUAUUGCAAUAGAGUUUAGAGAAUCUGAUCUAAAUUGGGGCCCCUUCGUGAUAGGAGCUGUAUUACCAUAUCUAGGUAGUGUCCUGCUGUUAUAGUAUUAGAACAAAACAUGGGCCCUGCCUGCAAGAGCUUACAAUCUAAGAAGGGAUGGGGACAGGGAGGUGAUUAAAUAAUAUUUUGCUAUGAUGUUUUCCACAACUAAAGUUGGGAACAGUUAUGAAGAAUCAGAGGAUAUGGUAUCUAAAGUUAAGAUAAUAAUGGCAGUUUUUAACUUCCUUUAAUUGUACCUGAUCACACUAUUUUGCAAAUACCAGCACACUCCUUUGGUCAUUCUCUCUCAGGCCUAACACUUCUUUACCCAGACUUUGUUCUCAUGAUUUUACCAACAUGCACAUACCAAAAAGAUCUUGCUUGCUUCUUCCUCAGAGUAAGGCCCAAAGUCAAGGCCUUGUCUAUGCUGAAAAGGACUUGCCAAUAUAGCUACACCAGUAGAGGUAUACCAUCAAACCCCCCUAUGUAGAGAUGCAGUUCAUACAGGCAAAAUAAUUAUUUUGCUAGUACGGCUUAAACCAGUUCCCUGAACAAAGUAAGCUAUACCAGAAAAAGUACUUUUUUGCUGGUAUAACCGUGUUGACAGCAAGGCUUUUCUGGCAUAGCUCUGUCAGUCAGGGGUAGGAAAAAAAUCAACCCCCAUCUAGCUGGGCUGGCAAAACUUUUUAAGUGUAGAGCAGGCCUUAGAAGUCAGAGAUGAAUCAAGCUUACUUCCACUUUGCCAUCCUUUAAUGUUUGAAUUUGGAGGAAAAGAUACCAUUGGCUUAAGGCAAUGCUUUUCAACCUGUGGUCUGCGGACCCCUGGGGGUUCACAAACUCUCUCUCAAGAUUUCCAAAGGGGUCCGCACAUCCAUUUGAAAUUUUUUAGGGGUCUGCAAAUGAAAAAAGGUUGAAAACCACUGACUUAAGGAAAAGCUAUGUUUAAUGGUUUGGUAAACCUUGAGAUUUGUGAGUGCUUUUCAGUCUUCUUCCCUUGGCCAACCUAUAGUGCCCUACUGCUCAGUUAAUUAAGUAAUAUAUUUCCUGUGUUGGUUGCUAAUACUUUCACUUUUGUGAACCUUUUUUCUAUGUGCUAAAAGGGUUAUGUUGUUAAAUUACAAAUAGCCAUGUAUGUCUUCUAUACAGAUUUGGCAUGUCAUUUGUUGCCACAUGUAUUUUAAUUAUUGGUCUCCAUUCCUUGUUUGUGUUUAAAAAGCUUUACAUCCAUGAGAUACUUGAUGCCUGGUAAUGGUCAUUGACGAGAAGCAGGAUAGUUUUGAAAGUCAUUCUGUAAACUGAGACAAGGUGGGUGAGGUAUUGGUAUUUAUUGGACCAACUUCUGUUGGUGAAACAGACAAGCUUUUGAGCUACACAGAGCUCUUCUGCGGGUCCUGAAGAAAUGUCCUCAAGAAGAACUCUGUAUAGCUCAAAAGUUUGUCCAUUUCAUCAAGAAAGUUGGUCCAAUAAAACAUAUUGCCUCUGUCACCUUGUCUCAGCAAUAUCCUGGGACCAGCACAACUACAACAACACUACAAACAGUCUGUAAGCUGGCAGACAAUGCUUUCUUUGGAAAUGUGUUCCUAGUACUCUUUUCCCCCUAAUAAUGUAUGUACUUGUAACCCUAAAACAUUUUCUUCUGGUACAACAUAAAAGAAUUUGCACACUGAAGAUUAGUAAAAACAGCACAGAACUGACUGCCUCUCUUGGAAGAUAUAACCAACUAGCUUGCAUAUUAAGCUUUAACUAAAGUUAAAUAUGAAGCUAGAAAUUUUCUGGCUAAAUUAUGGCAAUUGUAGUUGUUUCCAAGGAGCUAUAACUCAUGCCAAAUGGAACAUUCACUUAAAAAGAGAAUUGGCUAUGAAAAAAAUGCAACAAUUAUCUAAAAUUUUGUUGUUUUUCAGAAAAAAAUUCUGAUUGAGUGCAUGCCAGACAGAUGAGUAAAUUUUGAUUUAAAACUAUUGAUUAAGACUGUCAUUUAAAAUUGUACAGAUUACUAAUUCUUUGUUUAGUUCUAACAACAAUAGUUCCAUUUUGUACCUUUGCAUUUGCCUUGGGUCAGGUUCUGAUCAAAUUCUGAUCAGUUAUCAACAAACAACACUCACACCUGCAAAGCCUAUUGCUCAAAGAAACCUGUUAUUAAUAGUUUUAUUUGGUUCAGUCCUCCCAUUGAUUUUUUAAAAGAGCUCUGAUUUUCUUUAAAAUGUCAUACUAGUUGUAAUAACAUUCUACAAAAUGUCCAGUAUUCAUGGUUUUGUUACUCACUGGAAUGCUGAUAGAUUGGGGGACAAAUGCCCAAUUUAAUUUUGUGUGGCCUGCAUCACCACAUGUCUUGAGAAAUUCAUUCCCGCAACAGUAACCACUCAUCUGGGAGCAGAUUCUUCAAUAAACCAAACCUGGUUGUUACAGGUUACAUACAAACCUCAGCAAGACAGAGAAUUUAUUUUGCCAUGGUUUUUAAUAUUUAAAGUUGUGUUUGGCAUUGUGGGAGGCAGCGUUGCCUAGUGGAGCAAUGGACUGGGAUUUAGGCGACUUAGGUUCUAUUCCUAGCUCUGCCAAUGGCCUGCUUUGUGACUUUGGAAAGUUACAUUACCUCUUUGUGUCUCAGUUUCCCCAUCUGUAAAAUGAGGAUAAUGAUACUGAGUCUUGACUCUGCUCCCCCUCCCCAAUACGCUACCCAGCAUACCUGAGCCAGGGCAGAGGGGGAAGUCAUCUGCUACAGGUAUGGAUCACUAGCAGAUUCCUGCUCCCUGGAGCAAGGGAGGAACCGGCCAGGGCAAGAAUUGUCUCUGGCUCAAUUCUUUCCCCGGACUGCUCUGGGACAGUGCAGCUGUGCACCACCCCUUACUCAGAGCUAGAAGGAAAGAGACUAUCUGGCCCAUUGUAGUGUUUUAAGAGGAUCUGCUGAAUAAAGGAUUAGCCUGGUGGGUUAAUGAUAGUGCUCUACAUUGUAGCCUGGUGACCUGGGCUUGAUUAUUGCUCUAAUUGUUUCAUUUCCUGAAUCAUUCAGGGCUGAAGGCUGUGUACAAUGGGGAUAAUAAAAAAGGCAAAUCCUCAGGUCUUAGUCAGGGAUGUACAGCUCCCCUGGUGGGGCCAAAGAGUAAAUAUAGCCUUUAUUGUGCUUACAAAUCAUUUGAUGUAAAAUAUUAAAAAUAAUAAAUGGUAGAAUUAACUCAGAUGAUAAUAUAUUCUAUAGAAUUUAUUUCUAAAAUAUAAAGUCUGAGCAGUAUUUUUUUAAAAUUAAUAGUAGAAAACUACUGUUAUUUUCAGAAAAUAAAACAGAUGUAAGCAAAGAGCCCAGUUCCUUAACAUGUUCCAUAAUGAGUAUGAGAAAUCUCAAAAUUUGCUUCUUAAAAAAAAGUUUCCAACAUUCUUUUUAAAAAAUGCACUUUGUUUAAUUUUGCUGUUCUCAGUGAUCACUUGACAUGCUAAUAAUUCUCUUUUUUCUCCAAGAAAAGGUAUGCAAUCCAGAGCAAGAAAGUUGUGAUGUAAGAAACAAGUUUUCUUGAUUAGUUAAGAAAAUAGAGUAUAUAAAGUACAAGAGCUCUCCAGGGGUCUUCAAGUAAUUUUUUUCCUAGAAUCACAAGGCAACUUCCAACUUACUUGGUAUUGAUGUGCCACAGGUAGCAUUGUUAUCUGGGGAGAAGGGUUUUAAAUUCCUUUCAUGAGAGCUGCCUCAGUUCCCUGUCUCCCAAGCAGCCUACAUUAUGGCAUUAACUAUAGACAUCUCCGGUUCACCUGACACACGUUUUGAAGAAUUUAGUGUUUGGUAGCUUUGCUCUGUUUGUAUCUUCCCUGAAAAAGUUUUGGUUUGAGAUGAGGCUUUACAUUAAGGAAGAGCUGAAAUGUGGGUCUAAAAUGAGAUAUGUCUCUCUGAAAAGGGAAGGUUGAAAGGCAUAUUGAGUGUCAGUGUUCUGGAGGACCCAAGGUUGGCAGAUGGUGCACCGGUAGCACAGAGGGGACACUGUUGUUUGCUCGUGGAGGCUAAAGAGCCACACCCAGGGAGCUUUACAGCUUGGCUUCUCAGAUGGGAAGUCUCCAGUUUCUCAAGUAGGCCCAGAGAAAAUGAAGAGGCAAAUGUAUUAUGUAUUUGUUUAAUGAUUUUCACUUAGGCCUCAGCAGUGACUGAGUCUGUCAAACUGUUCAUACUGAAGAAUGUUCAACAGAUGCUUUUUUUGAGCCUCAAGUGGUAACAAGUCCACAAGAAAAUGAAAAGAACAUGUUGCGCUGUGUUUAAUAUAUUUACUUCCUUCCCCCCCCCUUCCCCACUCCUCCAUAAAAGGUUUCCACAGCAGCCCAAAGAAAGCCUAAAUAGUUUUCUAUACUGUCUGGAGGAAUAAUGGAAAAUAUAUUGACAAACAUGGCUCCCGUUUUAACCAUGCACCCAGUUAAUGCAUCUGCGCUGAUAUGGAUUUUUUUGGAAGAAGGCCUUCGUUAUCUUGAUGGCAAAGGAAAAGUUUCAUAAAAAGGACAAAAACUGAGGUAAAGAGGGGCCCAGAGCAGGCACCAUAAGUCUGUCUUCACUAGAAAUUAAGUUGUGUUAGAACAUGACAUGAGUUUGCAGCAAGUAUAUACAGCAAGUAUAUACAGGAAAAAGUUUGCAUGAGUUUGCAGCAAGUAUAUACAGGAAAAAGACGUGUUUAACAUCCUGUCACCUGGUCAUGAGCAAACAUCAUUGAAACCAUAGGUUUAAUCACAACCAGCGGAUACAGUGUGAAAUACAGCUUGUCCCUGUCUACCCUGACUGCAAAGUCAUGUUUAACAUUGAGUUAGUUAACACAGCUCCUCAGGAUCCUGUUCUAACAUGACCUAAUUUUCAGGUAACAACACACUGUAAGAGUAUGGAAGAAAUAUAGGUCCUCCUGAAUAGUGACUUAGGUUGGGAGCCUAAAGGAGUUAGGCAUUCAGCUCCCAAUAAAUGUCAAUGCUAGUUGGACACCUAACUCCCUUAGGCUCCUAUGAUCCUUAAUUUUUUCUGGAUUACUGACAUGGGCCUACAGUUUUGUUUUGGAUUAUGGGUGAAAGCCAGCCCUUUUGGUAUGGUUGGAGUUUACUGUGAAUCCACCCACCGACAAGUGAGUCUUAGAUAUGCAGACUAAACUUGGAAUUUCAGGCUUCUCAACAGGGUUAUAUUUUUGUGUGCACUGCCAGCUGCUUUUCUUAAACAAAAAAUGUCUUGCUGUUAUGUGAACAUGCACCGCUGUACUUUAUUUUCAAAUUGUUCCACAGAAAAGUACUAGAACUAUUAGGGUAAUUUUAUGUGUAACUAUUUCAAAAUAUGAAGUGUUGUAGUGAAUGUUCACAAAACAGCAAGACUUUUUUUGUUUUAUAUAUAUAUUAUAUAUAUAAUGCCCAUAACUGGGCCCUUCUUUUAAUUGACUGACUGUAGGCACUUCUAUGGAAAUAUGUCUGAAGUGUAGUUUGUGAAAAAUGUUUUAAAAGUGUUUGAUGUAAAAUAAGCGCUAGACAUUUAACAGUGCAGAAUUAGUCAAAAUCUGUAGAUUACAAAUCUGUUCCUAACAGCCUCAGCCUGUAAUAGUGUCUUAGUAAAGUUGAUCUGCUUUAUUUUAGUUAAUCGCAUUUCUGCUGUAAUAGCCUUUUGAAAAUAAAAUUAUUAAUACAUAUGUACUGGUUAAUACCUGUUAAUAUAGAACAUGGCACUUUGUUAUUUUGAUAUGGUUUCACUUAGAACUGAUAGAGUAUAUCAAUUUUAUAAGAAAAGUCAUUCAGCAUUUAUUAUAAAGACAUUUUUCAUGUUAAAAAUACCUUUGGUUGGUCAAACAAAUAUCAGCUAUGUAAAAUUUAUAUUGUCUACCUUGGCCAUGUAUUUUAAAAGAUUCAGCAAUAUAUGUGCAAGAAUAUUAACAGUGCUUCUGAAACUCUGUGAGCUCACAAUUGGUGAUAGAAAGACAGUAUAUUAAUAUGGUUAAUAUUAAUUUAAAUCACAGUUUCAAAAGCACUUUGAGUUAUUUGUCCUUCAAACAGAUAUAACCAAUUCAAUUGUUACAUACAAUGGGAAUUGCAGUGUAACAGUAUAAUUACAAUAGUUGAUUUAAAAAUUGUAUACAACUCCUAACUAGCAAUUUUUGAGAAAAAUAUUUGUACUGCCAUGUAAUUAAAAUAUUUUAUUUUCCAUUAUAACUGGUCUUACAUGCUAAAAUUAUGAGGCUUUCAACAGUAAAGCACCAUUUUAUUUAUGUUUUCAAACUGAGACGUAAAUGGAAAGAGAGUUCAUCUUAAAAUCAAAAUACAUACAUACAUGAAAAUCACUGAACAUUACAAAUUCAUAAUGAGUUACACGUUUCCAAGAUUGAUUUCCUUUGUUUUAUAAAUUAUAAAAUCAAAGAUGCCAAAGGAUAAUAUAAGCUACAAUAACAUUCAACAGAACUUAACCUGGACCUUAUGUUGUAAUAAUUUAUUCAAAUUCCCUGUAUUCUUCUGUAUUUAUAUUUUCAGUAUUUAUUAUGAAUGAUAUGGAAAUUGAUGUAUUUAUUGUGGCUUAUUACUGCAAUGUACAUAUUAUAAAAUUAGCAUUUUUAAGUCUUAACAUUAGGUUUCUUUUUGUUUAUUAGUGACACUCGUAUUCUCCUGUAUUUUUAUUAUAUAUUGUACAAUAUAUAUUGUCCAUUUGUUUGCAACACAGUAAAACAGGUUUCUACGUUA